GAAUACCGUUAUUAGGAUAAAGAAUGAGCAGACAAAUCAGUUGUCAAGACCUGAAACUCUUUCCAAUCUCAGUGAGAGUGAUGAUGAUGAUAUUCCAAGAGUUACAAAGAAAGAAGUGGAAUGUACAGGACAGUCUCAAUAUGUUGAUGAGUCAGAUGCUACAUCUUAUGUAAAGAUUCCCAUGAACUUGCAGGAAACUUCCCAUGACGGAGGAGCUCAGCCUGGUCCUGUAGGUGAUAUAUCUAGUGGUUGUAAUGUCUGUGAAGAGAACCUUAUUCGGGAGGAACAUUUGACGAACAAACAGAGGAUUUUCAGUGGAUACAAUAUGGGAUAUGAGGGUAACUGUGUAGAAAAUUCACUGUAUGAGACAUUUAAUACCUGUCAGAAAAUAUCGUACAAUUGUGGUGUCUAUGGGAAAAAACUUAAACAAAGUUUGUCUCGAAAGGUGCAUCAGACUAAUCGCUUUCGGAAAAAAGUGCACAGGUGUGGGGAGUGUGGAAAGGAAUUUACUCACAUUUCAUUUCUGAGAAUGCAUCAGACUGUCCACAGGAGAAACAAAGAACACAGAUGUGAUGUAUGUGGUAAAUUAUUUGCGUGUAAAACGUACAUUAAACUACAUCAAAGGACUCACACUGGGGAGAAACCUUUCAGUUGCGGUGGUUGUGACAAGAAAUUUACACACAGCUCAUCUCUAAAAAUGCAUCAGACUGUUCACAGUGUUGACAAACCAUAUAUUUGUCUAAUGUGUGGGAAAUUAUUUGCAAGACAAAACUACUUAUUACAACAUAAGAAAAUACACUCUGUAGAAAAACCAUACACUUGUAGUUUGUGUGGUAAAGAGUUUGCUAGAAAAAACUACCUAGUGCAUCAUGAAAUGAUCCACACUGGAGAAAAGCCGUAUAAUUGUAGCGUCUGCGGCAAAACAUUUAGAAGAGAACAUCACUUAAAACGACAUCGAGAGAUCCAUAAUGGAGAGAAAGCAUACAGUUGUAGUGUUUGUGACAAAAGUUUUACUUGUACUUCAUCUCUUAAAAAACAUAAAAUUAUUCACAACAGAGAAACAUUAUGCAAAUCUGAAGUCUGUGAUGGACCAUUUACACUGGAAGAUAAGUUAACUCAACAUCAAAUGAUUCACAAUGAAGAGAGGUCUCAUAGUUGUAAUAUUUGUGGUGAAAUAUUUACCCUAGAACAACUCUUAAAACAGCAUCAGGUAAUCCAUUUUGGGCUGAUACCAGAAAAUUGUGAAUUGUCUGCUAAUCUUCAACACAGUUCAUCUCAAAUUACUAGUGAUGGAGAUACAUCAUGCAGUUUUAUAUUGUGUGACAAAGAAAAUGUUAGACAAAAUCAUUGGAAAGACAAGAUGGAAAAUUUAUACAAUUGUGAUGUGUGUGGUAAAGCAUAUGCAAGUAAAAGUAACUUAAAACGACAUCAGACAAUCCAUACUGUGAGGAAACUGCAUACUUGUAUAGUGUGUGGCAAAGAAUUUACAAGAAAUGUUACCUUAAAGAGACAUCAGAUUAUACAUACCGGGAAGAAACCAUACAGUUGUGGUGUCUGUGGCAAAAACUUUACACAAAAUUCUUCUGUAAAAAAACAUCAAUUAACUCACAGUGGAGAAAAACCGUAUAAUUGUGUGGUGUGCGGAAAAGUAUUUGGAACAAAAUGCAACUUACAGAGUCAUCACCGAAUACACACUGGGGAGAAACCUUAUAGUUGUGAUGUUUGUGGAAAGGAAUUUACACAAAGUUCAUCUCUAAAAAAGCAUCGGAUUUCCCACAGUGGAGAUAAACCGUAUAAUUGUGUGGUGUGUGGUAAACUGUUUGGAACAAAAUGUAACCUAAAAAAACAUCUCAGAAUACACACUGGGGAGAAACCGUACAGUUGUGAUGUCUGUGGUAAGGAAUUCACGCAGAGUUCAUCGUUAAAAAAACAUCAAAGGUGUCACAGUGGAUGUAAACCAUAUAAUUGUGUGGUGUGUGGCAAACUAUUUGGAACAAAAUGGAACUUACAAAAACAUCACAGAAUACACAGUGGAGAGAAACCAUAUAGUUGUAGUGUUUGUGGCAAGAAAUUUUCUCAGAGUUCAUCGCAAAAAAAACAUCAACUUUCCCACAGUGGAGAAAAACCAUACAGUUGUGUGGUGUGUGGCAAAAUAUUUGGAACAAAGUGGAACCUAAAAAAACAUCACAGAAUACACAGUGGAGAGAAACCAUACAUUUGUGAUGUUUGUGGCAAGGAAUUUACACAAAGUUCAUCCUUGAAAAUGCAUCAAAUUUCCCACAGUGGAGAUAAACCAUACAGGUGUAUGGUGUGUGGUAAACUGUUUGGAACAAAAUGUGAUCUGAAAAAACAUAACAGAAUACACACUGGGGAAAAACCUUAUAGUUGUGAUGUUUGUGGUAAGGAAUUUACACAAAGUUCAUCGUUGAAAAAGCAUCACAUUUCUCACACUGGGGAGAAACCAUAUAAUUGUGUUGUGUGUGGUAAACUGUUUGGGACAAAAUGUAAUCUAAAGAAUCAUCACCGGAUACACACUGGGGAGAAACCUUAUAAUUGUGAUGUCUGUGGCAAAGAAUUUACUUACAAUUCAUCUCUAAAAAUUCACCAAAUUAUCCACAGUAGAAAAAAGAAAAAUAUUUUUCUAGAUGUAAAUAAAAAUAUUAAUCUUUUAGAUACUUAAAAAACAACAACUAUAAUGUUGUAUUUGGUAUUUUUCAAUGCUUUAAUAACUAUAAUACUCCAUGUAGCAACAUGAGAAGACUAUAGUAACAGUACAUAUGUUACCUGAAUUUGCAUCAUACUAUACAUAAUAAUGUGUAAUGUAUCACCGGUAACUUACUAAACAAAAGUACAGUGUUCAAUGUCAGUAUUUAUUAAUGAAAAUAUCACUUUAAUAUAGCAUCUUAACUACGAAAUUGUUUUUAAAAAAAGCAUUUCUGGAAAUCAACUUUUAUUGUUUAUAAUUUGCACCUGGCAUAAGAAGUAACAUUAUACAAUAAGUGCACCUAAAUCAGUAAAUUAAA